CAGCUUGCGACUCGGGCGGCCCAGGUUGCGGAGUCCCCCACUCGGUGGCGCCGGGGUCCGGGCUGCGACUGGGCGGCCGCGUGGGUGGCCGUGGUCGUGAUAGGUGGCUGUGAGCGGGGUCGCAGGUGCAUUCAGGAGGGUUGGUGGCCUGGGUGGUGCGUGCGUGCGGGCGUUGUGCCAUGGUGGCAGACAUGCUGCUGCUCAAGAAACAGACGGAGGACAUCAGCAGCGUCUACGAGAUCCGGGAGAAGCUGGGCUCAGGCGCCUUCUCUGAGGUGGUGCUGGCCCAGGAGAGGGGCUCUGCACACCUUGUGGCCCUCAAGUGCAUCCCCAAGAAGGCGCUGCGGGGCAAGGAGGCCCUGGUGGAGAAUGAGAUUGCAGUACUCCGCAGGGUCAGCCACCCCAACAUUGUGGCUUUGGAGGACGUCCAUGAGAGCCCCUCCCACCUCUACUUGGCUAUGGAGCUGGUGACAGGUGGUGAGCUGUUUGACCGCAUCAUGGAGCGGGGCUCCUACACAGAAAAGGAUGCCAGCCACCUGGUGGGUCAGGUCCUCGGUGCUGUCUCCUAUCUGCACAGCCUGGGCAUUGUGCACCGGGACCUCAAGCCUGAAAACCUCCUCUAUGCCACACCCUUUGAGGACUCCAAGAUCAUGGUCUCUGACUUUGGCCUCUCCAAAAUCCAGGCUGGCAAUAUGCUAGGCACUGCCUGUGGGACCCCAGGAUAUGUGG